AGGUUCGAACUUCACUAACACGCUCUAGCAUCACACUGCUCUCGUGAGAUGGACACACCGACGGACGGCGACGGCGUCUUCCUACUCAAACGAGUCCACAACGACGGCAGCAACACAAACUACGACGCGGUGGCAAGCGAGCGCGACGACGACGAAUCGAAACCGAAAAAGCGAUGGAAAACGAUCCUGCGCAACAAUCUUCUCCUCAUCCUCACCAUCACGGCCGCUAUCCUCGGCAUCGUGAUCGGUUUUGCCGUACAGACGGCUCGUCCGUCGCCUCGCGUUGUCAUGCUAAUCAACUUUCCUGGAGAGAUUUUGCUCCGCCUCCUCCAGCUGCUCAUACUUCCGCUCAUUGUAGCAAGUCUCAUUUCCGGUAUUGCCGGAUUGGAUGUCGGGACGUCGGGGCGACUGGGAAUGCGAGCGGUGACGUAUUAUUUGACGACGACUCUGUUGGCUGUUGUGCUUGGGAUUGUGUUGGUGGUGAGUAUACAGCCAGGUGAUAGGACGGGAGGCGGAUGUGUUGACGUCACUGAGAGGAGUCCGGUUGAGAAGCUGCACACACUAGAUGCGUUCCUUGAUCUUGUUAGGAAUAUGUUUCCUGAUAACUUGGUUGAGGCCGCCUUUCAGCAUGUUUCUACGGUUGAAAAGAAUGUGACUACAUACAGGCGUUGUCCCGACUCGGUUAAUAAUGUAUCAAGGCAUCUCAACGAGACAGUUCACACAGAAUUUGAAUUGGAGCGACGAGCUGGCAUGAAUGUGCUCGGUCUGAUUGUGUUUUCGAUUGCACUAGGAGUCACUUUGGUGAAAAUGGGAAGCAGAGGAGAGCCACUGCGAGAGCUCUUCAUUUGUCUCAAUGAAGCAGUCAUGAGGCUCAUUACAGUUGUAAUAUGGUACUCACCUGUUGGCAUUCUUUUCCUCAUUGCUGCCAAAGUCGCUGGUGUGGAUGACAUUGCAGCACUCUUCACGAGCAUUGGCUUCUACUUUCUAACUGUAUUAAUUGGAUUAUUUAUUCACAUGUUCAUCAGCCUUCCUUUGGUCUACUUCAUUUUCACUCGUAAGAAUCCAUUCAAAAUGUUUCGUGGGGUCAUUCAAGCUCUUGUAUUUGCUUUUGGAACUAGUUCAAGUGCUGCUACGUUGCCUGUGACAAUGCGGUGCAUUGAGGAGAACUGCGGUAUAGAUCAGAGAGUGUCGCGGUUUGUGUUGCCUGUGGGUGCUACGAUCAAUAUGGAUGGCACUGCAUUGUACGAGGCUGUUGCGGCAAUUUUUAUUGCACAGUAUAAUGAUAUCACACUGGAUUUUGGACAGAUUGUUACGAUUAGCAUCACAGCGACUGCGGCCAGUAUUGGAGCUGCUGCCGUGCCUCAGGCGGGUCUCUACACAAUGAUCAUUGUGUUAUCAGCCGUCGGGCUCCCACCCGAGGAUAUCAGUCUUGUUAUUGUUGUCGACUGGUUGCUAGAUCGAUUUCGUACGACUGUGAAUGUCAUGGGUGAUGCUUUUGGUGCCGGCAUCGUCCAGCAUCUCUCACGCAAACAGUUGGCGAUCAGUGACAGUUGUGGAGAGAGCGUGUUGACAAGCAAUAUGGAAGAACACGAAACGAGACAGUAGCAAAUGACAUUUGUAGUCGAUUGAAUUUGUAUACCAUUGAUUUAGUUAGUCGAUUAGAAGGUUUAGUAUACUUUGAAUUGAAGGCCCUCGGCUACAUGAAGAUGAUAUGUUGUAUUGAGGUGGAAGAAAGGGGAUUUGUCUCUUCAUGCAUACUCUGUUGG